CACAAUAAACCCACUGGCUGGCGUCCCUGAGCCAUCAGACGGGCUGUUCCCCACACUGGCUGUGGGCUCUGUCUGCUGGGACAGCCGCUAGCCUCACGCAAUCCCCGUGCCGCCCCUGGGUUGGGACAGCACCUGGUGCCCGGGAACAGGCAGCCACCGCGUGAGCCGGGCAUCAUGUCUCCUCUGCACACUGUUCUGUUCUCCCUGCUCUUCAUCGCCUCCUCGCAGGCCCAGGACGGCGCAGUGCAGGGCACCACUGCGGGCUCCAGGACGCUGCAGCCCUGGCUGGUGGGGCUGACGGCCGUCGUGGUCUUCCUCUUCAUCAUUGUCAUGCUGAUGAUCAUCAACAGAGUCUGGUGCUACAAGAAGCGCAGGAACGAGGAGGAGCCGCUGGAAGAACCUGCCCAAUCCAGCAGGACGGUCUCAAACCCCUACGACAACCUGGUGCUGGAGGAGGACAACGAGGAGGAGCUGAAGGAGAAUAAAACGACCUCCCUGUGAGGAGCCAGCGAGCCUGGUGGGAUGGGAGACCACGGUACCCUGCUGGGCUGCCCGGCACACAAAUCAACUCGCUGCUUCCCCGCAUCUCUGCCCAGCUCCGCCCGGCCCCUCCCUGUCCCAGCACGGGCGAGCAGCCGGCCUGACCCACGCAGCAGCCUCCCCUGGGCCAUGCAGGCUGCCCAUGCGGCUGCUCUCUCCUGCGUGCUGCCAUACAGGGCCCAGGGGUGCAGCGGGCACAGACCCCACAUCACAACCAUGUGCAGGACAGGCCCCCUCUCCCCUUCCCUGGUCGUUCAGCCGCGGGGGUGCGCGGUGCCUUUGUGGAGCAGGGAGCCAGAGCCAGUCCCUGGAGGGGAUUCUCCCCCAAAGCCCCCUACCAGGCCCCACCUGUUCACAGGCUGCAGAGUUCCCCCGUCCCUCCCGAUGCUGCAGAACUGGGCUCCAGAAUCUGUACUUGCAUUUACACGAAUAACAACGAUAAUAAAGGGUUUUGGCCUGUGUGGUUAUGAAGAAAAGCCUAAGAGCAGGAUGUAGUGAGUUAAGUGUAACUGACAAAGAGACGUCCGCCUGAGUGUGCCAAGAGCCUGAGCCCAUUGCUCCAUAGGCCGCACUUCGGGCGAGCAGAUAGCAAGUGUGGGAAAUUGGGACAUUUUUUUCUCAUGGGGGAGGGUACAGUUGCGUAUAUAAGACAAAGCCCUUAGUGGCGGGACGUCUGGUCACCCUAGAUGCACUGGCCCGUGCAGCUCAAGGGGCUUGUGUCAAAGCUGAUCAUGGGAACACAGCAUAAAAUAAAGUGAAUUUCUAAGCUGAAUGAAGAGCUGGGGGCUGGAGUGUUGGUCAGAGCCAGGAAAUACCCUCCCCACAGGCUCUUCCACCUGCUGGGCCCCAUGCUACACACUGCAGGGUGCAUGGUCCUGCCCAUUCAACCAGCCAGUCAAGCCCAGACAGCGUCCUACCAGCUCAGCCAUCAGAAAGUGACUCCCACUCAUGAGUGGGUCAGCUCGGUCCUGCCUGCUUGAGGAAGGGGGGUCCUCAGGAGGGGCUGGGUCCAUGCAUGUGGCCCAUGCAGACCUUGCAUGCAGUGUUUUCCCCAGGAAUUAAAAUUGGGGUGUGGUAUUCAAAUUUACAGGGAGGGUGGUCAGGGCCGAUGAGGGGUGAGACCAUGAGGGUGAAGGGGGGCUGUAAGGCACCAUAGUGAAAAUGGAAAAAUGUUUCAUGACCAUUUUAUUAGAUUUUAAAAUCAUCACACAAAUUAAAGUCGGCUACUCAAGCCUUCUAUGAAGCACGA